AGAGAGAGAGAGAGAGAGAGAGAGGCAACGGUGGCACGCGCUUCCCCGGUCACGUCUCUGUCUCGGUGUAAGCUGUGCGUGAUGUUCUCCGUGCGCGCGCGGCUCCUGUGCGCGGUGCUGUGUGUCCUGUGCAGCGGCGCGGUUCGUGCCGGUUUGUACACGGACUCGGAUCAGGUCGCCAUCUUAACUCCUGACAAUGUGGAAGCGGUUCUGUUUAACUCGUCUUCCGCCACACUGGUCGAGUUUUAUGCCAGCUGGUGUGGGCACUGUGUCGCCUUCUCACCCACCUGGAAGCGGCUGGCGCUGGACAUUAAAGAGUGGAGGUUGGCAGUUCAGUUGGCGGCGAUCGAUUGUGCUGAUGAGUCCAACAUGAAAGUUUGUAUGAGAUUCAACAUCAGAGGAUAUCCGUCUCUGAAAUUUAUUCCAGCAUUCUCCAGAGAUGAUUUUAUAGGUGAACAUAUCAGAGACUUCUCUCGUAAUGUCACAAAACUCCGUCACCUCAUUAUUGAUAAACUGGAGUCUCAUGAAAGCCCUGGACCACCGGCAUGUCCUCCACUGGAGAAAACCAGCACUAGAGAGAUUGACAGUUACAUGGAGAACAGCAGAAUUCAUAACCAGAACCUGGCGCUGGUGUUUGAGGAGGAAAAGUCCUACGUGGGUCGAGAGGUGAUCCUGGACCUGCUGCAGUAUGUGAACAUCACGGUGCGUCGUGUCUUACGCUCAGAGGAAGAGCUCGUGUCUCGACUCGGUGUGACGGAUUUCCCUUCUGUUUAUCUGUUUAACACACACACCAACUUCAGCAGACUGAAAGUGCUCGGAGAAGCUCGUGUGUUUUACUCGUUCGCCCUCCAGAGUUUACCCGAUGUGGUGCGUCAGGGAAAAUCUGCUGAUGCGAGUGACUUAAUCAGGAACGAGAUGGAGGAGCAGUGGAGACCAUUUAACAAGACCCGUGUAUACAUGUCUGAUCUGGAAUCUGCUCUGCAUUACUCUCUGAGAGUGGAAAUAGCGUCUCAUUCUGUUAUUAGUGGAACACAACUCACUGCUCUCAGACGCUACAUCUCUGUACUGAACAAGUAUUUCCCAGGCAGACCUCCAGUGAAAAAUGCUGUAAAGGAGGUGAAUGAUUGGCUGCAGCUUCAGAAGGGAACAUCGAUCAAUUACAGCGACUUCAGAGCGAUUCUGGACACCACGAGCACUGACUCCUAUCUUCCUAAAGUUGUGAGGUGGGUGGGGUGUCAGGGUUCAAAGCAGCACUUCCGCGGCUAUCCCUGUGCAAUGUGGACACUUUUUCACACAUUGACUGUCCAGGCCCUAGAAACAGGAAGUAGCGACCCUCAGGAGGUGUUACAGGUGAUGAGGCAGUAUGUCAGAAGUUUUUUUGGUUGUCAUCCAUGUGCUGAUCAUUUUGAGAGCAUGGCUAGUGAGAAUAUGGACCAAGUGUUAUCUGUGAGCAGCGCAGCCCUCUGGCUCUGGUCUCGCCACAACCUGGUCAACUCUCGGCUCGCAGGUGAACUGAGUGACGAUCCUCACUUCCCCAAAGUCCAGUGGCCUCCUCCGGACCUGUGUGUGUCGUGUCACAGCCUGAAGCCCAGUGGAGAACACACCUGGGUGAUGAAAGAGGUGUUGUCCUUCCUCAGUAAUUAUUACUCCGCCCAGCACCUCUUACAUGACUACCUGUCUGACGACGAUGCUCCACCACCGACGGACAGAGGUGAAGCCACGGUGGUGGUGUCGGAGCAGGGACAGGAAGCAGGAGAGGAAGUAGAUGAAGUUCCUCAGGAUGAAAAAUCCGUGUCGGAGUCACUGCCUCGUAAGCCGAGCAUCGUCGGACUCAGGCUCCGUCAGGUCAGAGAGGACAUCGUGGACCUGGACUCCUUCAUCGUCCAGCACUACAAAACUAAAACGCCGCUGAAGAAGUUGGACACGGAGGAUGAAGUAGAGACACGCACUCAGAGCAUGAGGAGGAAAAGACGAGAUCUCGCCGCACAGGAGGCGGAGGCGUUAGCGAUGGAGAUGGAGGCGGAGCCUGAGCCGUACGGUCGGUCUCGGAGCACGCUCUGGAUGUUCGUGCUCAGCGUGGGCUUCUCACGGCUGGACGUGAGUCUGUGCGUGACGCUCUACCUGCUCUCCACGCUCUGCAUCGUCGCCAUGUGCCUGUACUUCAGGAUGAAACGUCGCCAGCGCAGGACAAAAGUGGCCCUGCCGUGACCCGGACGGACGGACGGAAGGAAGGACAGAGCGAUAAAAUGCAUCACAUCUAAUGCUAGUUAUCACCUUAAAGUCAGCCGUCUGUCAGCUUUGUGUUCCUUUUCUUUACCAUUAAAUAAAUCCUAACAACAAUAA